AAUUGACUCUCAAAAUUUGCGUUCACGCCUCUUUCUGCUGUUCUUGAUCUCUUGUUUCUCUGCUAUUUCUUGUCUUUGGAGGGCCUUCAUCGAUACGGCAGGCAUUCUGCCAACCCAUGUAUCCAAGGGAUGUUCCCAUUGCUACUCAGGCAUCUCAAACGCCACCACUCACUCCAACUCACGACCAGAUAGUCGUUUUAUACGUUACCGUUGUUUACGCCGUGGUUAUAUUUGGAAUCUGGAAUAUACCAGUCGCGCGCACGCUAAUUAACCCACUUAAACUCUUUACCAUUGGGUGGCAUGAGUUUUGCCACAUCGUAGCCGCCGUACUAACUGGAGGGACGAUAUCAUCGGUCACGAUCGAUCCAAAUCUGGGUGGCGCGACCAUUGUCGAGGGUGGCCGUCCACCCAUCAUACUCGCGGCAGGGUAUGUGGGAUCAAGUGUCUUUGGUGGCGUCUUCAUACUGGCUGGCUUUGAUUCACUUGUCGCCAAAAUUCUGAGCUUCGUCCUUGGCCUGGGGCUCGUUACUCCGUUGGUCCUUGUGCGGGACAAGCUGACCAUCCUACUCACAUUGUUUUACGAGGGUCUACUCGUUGGCUUCUGGUUUAUCGGACAUGCGCAAGCUCUUCGAUGGUACUGCUUAUUCGUCGGCGUCAUGAACGUGUUCUACGUUAUUUAUGACAAAUUCUUUCGCAAAGCGAACGAUUCUGACUGCACGCAGUUCAAUCUCAUGUUUCCAAGAAUAUCUGCGCAUGUGUGGGCUUGCUUCUGGAUAAUGUUUCAGACUGGAGUAUGCAUAUCGUUCCUAUUCAUAGGAAUUGUGUCUUUCAAGCUAUCGACAGGUGAUAUGAACACGCAAGCUGCCGUUUUCUUGCCGACAUAGCAAUGGCACAGCUCCACGAGUACGGAAAUGAUCACGAUUGCACCCACUCAUAGAAUUCACGGGCUUCUUUGUCGUUCACAUAUGGACUUGUACGAUCGGAGAGUGAUUCAAUUACAUGUAUCUUUGCUGCACCAUUUACCCCGCCCAGUAUCUAUACCACACAUGACAAUAUUGCGGUUUCACACCGUCAGUGACAAUGACUCCGUAUUUUUUGACGCAUUAUUCUCGUCUUCGUAGAACACUCGGUAACUUAAUGUAAUUAUCACUCUCGUGCACUCGAUUCACA